CCAAUAGGAGAGUGAAUUGGUUUCCGGUCUGCAGGUCUGGGUGAUUUGCAAAGCCGAAGUCACUCGGAAGGGAUUAGCUAGCUUGCUAGCAGCAGAAACGUCUUCAGAUGUUGGAAUUUGCGUUAAAUGAGCUACUUUGAUCAGUGCUGACAUAUCAAGCUGGUAUUAGAGGUGCAAUCCCAGCUGUUGCCAUGGCAAUCCUUUUUGCUGUGGUGGCUCGAGGAACCACCAUCCUGGCCAAACAUGCAUGGUGUGGCGGGAACUUCCUGGAAGUGACUGAACAGAUCUUAGCCAAAAUCCCCUCAGAGAAUAACAAGUUGACUUACAGCCACGGCAGCUAUCUCUUUCAUUACAUCUGUCAUGACAGAAUCAUAUAUCUGUGCAUCACUGAUGAUGACUUUGAGAGGUCACGUGCAUUCAGUUUCCUUAGUGAAGUCAAGAAGCGUUUCCAAACAACAUAUGGGUCACGUGCGCAAACAGCCCUGCCCUACGCCAUGAACAGUGAGUUCUCCUCAACACUGGCAGCUCAGAUGAAACACCACUCAGACCCACGCGGAUCAGAUCGUGUCACUGAGAGUCAGUUGCAAGUGGAUGACCUGAAGGGCAUUAUGGUCCGCAACAUAGACUUGGUAGCUCAGAGAGGAGAGAAGCUGGAAUUGCUGAUUGACAAGACAGAAAAUCUGGUUGAUUCUUCGGUCACAUUUAAGACCACUAGUCGUAACCUUGCACGAGCCAUGUGUAUGAAGAACCUCAAGCUGACUGUUGUCAUUGUGCUGGUGUGCCUGGUGGUCCUUUACAUUAUUGUCUCUGCUGCCUGUGGAGGCCUCAAAUGGCCCACAUGUGUCAAAUAAGGGGAAACUAUGGAUAAAAGAGAGGGAGAUAAAGGAAAAAAGGAUGAGGAGGAGAAGCGCCUGUUCAACUAUGCCUGCCAAUGGACACAAAAGGAAACACAGCUUUCCUUGCUUUACUUCUCUAGCUUCAUUAUCCCUAGAAGGCACGUGCUGCUCCUCCUCCUGCCUCCUUCCUCGCCCCCUCUGUGAUUGUGUGCACAUUGACUUGCCUUCUGGACAGGGAGUCCCACCUCAUACCCACCUAAAUGGACAGCAGCCAUGUGGCCUAAAACUGAUGUGGAACAAUUAUCUUGUCUUAUUCUAGUCUGGUACAUUCAUUCUGUCUCAUGCACUUAGUGGCCUGAUGUAUCAGUCUGUGAUACUGUCCUGCACCAAUCUAUGUAAUUAAUCCAUUCAGACUGAUACCAGAACGAACCACACAGAUAGCAAAAGAUUACUUUGUUAUUUUCCUGCUUUUCCUUUUAUGUCAAAAGAGAAAUACUGGACCUGCAGGCAUUUAGAGUAUAUUGCAGAUCCAUCUAGAGUCUGGUCCUUUAUAUAACUGAAAACUAAUUUUUGACAAAACUGAUGCAGUAUACAGAUUUUCCGAUUUACAUUACGUUUUAUCACCAAGCACAGUAGCAUCUUCUAAAAUGGUUGUUGUAAAAUAUGAGAUGUGAUCAUACAAAUAAAUAUUGUAUAUUUGGUUGAUAUUACUAAUCCAAAAGUCACAAUGGAUCUUUUAAGUCAAGCCUAAUUUUUGAGAAAAUCACUUUCUCUUUCCCACCUGUGGACUUGAUAGGAGGCUUAAUUUUCCCUUUACCUUUGCUAGGAUAUUCAUUGUGCCCAUAUGUUCUUUCUGUUAACACAAUGCACUUUUUACAUUGUACAUACAUUUGCUUCCUGGUAUCAUAUGGUUUAUAACCAUGUAAUUAUUUAAUUAUUGUACAUUCAGAUUUGAAAUAAUAAACUGAUGGUAUCAAGUG